ACCGCCAGCGCCCGCUGCCAGGCAGCGGCGGGGAUGGCGAGCCGCGGAGCCGGGGCGGUGACGAGAGCAGCGGUCCCGCCAUUGGACGAGGAAGCCUGAGGGACGGGCCAGUGUGGUGAACAAGCAGAGACCGAGGCUGCUGGCCCCGAGAGAGCGAGGGCCAUGGAGGCCAGCAUGCCGAAGCGGAAGGAGCCUGGCAAGUCCCUGCGCAUCAAAGUCAUCUCCAUGGGCAACGCCGAAGUGGGAAAAAGCUGUAUUAUAAAGCGAUACUGUGAGAAGAGAUUUGUGUCUAAAUACCUUGCAACAAUUGGAAUUGACUAUGGAGUCACGAAGGUACAAGUCAGAGACAGAGAAAUCAAAGUUAACAUCUUUGAUAUGGCUGGAGAUCCCUUCUUCUAUGAGGUUCGUAAUGAGUUUUACAAGGACACACAGGGUGUGAUACUGGUCUAUGAUGUUGGGCAGAAAGAUUCCUUUGAUGCCCUUGAUGCAUGGCUGGCAGAAAUGAAGCAAGAUCUUGGACCUCAUGGAAACAUGGAAAAUAUUGUAUUUGCAGUGUGUGCCAACAAGAUCGACUGUGCUAAGCACCGCUGUGUUGAUGAAAGUGAAGGACGUCUUUGGGCUGAAAGCAAGGGGUUCCUGUACUUUGAAACUUCGGCUCAAACUGGAGAAGGAAUCAAUGAGAUGUUCCAGACCUUUUAUCUAUCCAUAGUUGAUUUAUGUGAAAAUGGCGGAAAACGUCCCAACACAAAUAGCAGUGCUAGUUUCACCAAAGAACAAGCAGACACCAUUCGCAGAAUUCGAAGUAGUAAGGACAGUUGGGACAUGUUGGGAGUCAAACCUGGGGCCUCGAGGGAUGAAGUCAAUAAAGCAUAUCGGAAACUUGCUGUGCUGCUUCACCCUGACAAAUGUGUAGCACCUGGUAGUGAAGAUGCCUUCAAAGUCGUUGUGAAUGCCCGAACAGCCCUCCUGAAAAACAUCAAGUAGAAAAUAGGAAAAAAAGACAGGUGUAGGCCUCGAGUCCAAACAGACUUUCUCUGGUGGUAAAAUAGCCAACAUGGGUUUUUCCUCCACAAAAUUCUUACAGCCCUUUUCACUCACGUGCUGUCAUUUGUAAACCAGUAAUUUGGGUGCCUGUUUCCAUGUCACAGACAUUUUGCAGAGAGACGAAAUGAAGAGAACCGAGUGCCACUUAUACACUAUCGUUCAUUUUCUAUUUCUGAAUGAUGAUAGAUUUUUUUUUUCUCAUGAGUUGGUAAACUCUGUCAGUAUAGCAUCGCUUAGGCACUUUGCUCAGGAAAGUCCACGAAGUUUCUGGAAGGAUAGGAGGAUCUUUUUGCUUUUUCUUUAUUACAAAACAUUCAUCAUCAGAGGAAAAAAAACAAAAAUGGAAGCAAACAUAGCAGAACCCCUGAAAGUGUGUGACCUUGCAAGCAAGUUGCCCCUUUACAAUAAGUUUCUUAGAUGAUAUUUGCAGCAUCAGUCUGCUUAAUUAAUGCAUGAACUCUUGGCAGCCCUUCGGAAGUGAAACAAGGUGAUGCAGUCCUGAGCUGAGUGGCCCUUUUUUGACGUUCACUCUGUGCCCCUUCUCCAUCACCGGGGGAGAGACCAGCCAAUCUUGAGCGUAGAGGUGGCAGUAGCCGCAGGUUCUGGUAGGCUGGCUGCUGCUAGACCUGCCCCUGGGUCUGAGGCCUUUCCCUGGCCAUGGGAGUGCUGGUAGCUGUAGGGGCAUCUUCACCUAGGAGUCAGGAGUCAGAUCCCAAGACAGAAAUGCCUGCAGGUCAAACUGGAUUGUGCACACAUCCCCAGAGGGCAUGACCCGCCUGGUUCGGUCGUGUCUGAUGCCCUAGGAGAGCCCCCAUAGGAGGCUUCUGCCUUUCCUUGUUGCAGCAGCAUUUGCCGAGACAGGUGGGAGAGACAGGGAUGCGUGUCAGCCGGGGGCCUCCCUUCGCUUCCUCGUCAGUGUGAGCUCCUCUUCCCUCUUCUGUUCCUGCCUUGUCUCUUAAGGUACCAAAUCUGCCACCACCGCUCUCUUCUCGAAUCCCCGCCUUCCGGCUAUUGCCUCCUCUGUCGUGUGCAGCCUUUGCCGGGGCCUGGUAGACCAGAGACAAGUAUAGAUCCUUUGGGUGGUGGACAGAGAGAUCUUAAGGCCCGUGUGGGAAGAAUCUGUUACUUUUGUGUAGGUUCCAAAUUUCUGAUCAGUAAUACUUUAAAGCUGCAGAUUAUGAAAAUUAAUUUCACGUAGAGAAAUCCAUUCUCUUGCCAUCGUCUCUCUCUCAGUAUCCAAGAGAUGGAUGAAGAUCGCGUGUCAGGACCGGCCUUCCUUCCAGAGCUCACAGAAUAGUGUCACCGCAUGGCGCAUUACACCAUCGCUGUCAUGUUACUCAGAUUUUUAGCUGUGACCAAGCAGCACUAAUUGGGGCUUUAAAGUAUAUGAAACUUUGCCAUCAGUGAAUUUUAAACAGCUAUCCCAUAUUGAUUGCCAAGUAGCAUUCGCAUUACCCUUCCUGAGAAGAAAAACCACUUUCAUUUAAUUCACACCCACUGCAGCCUUCUAAACCCUUCCCUUCUCCAGAGCAGCUUCUCUUUGUGUGGCUGCCCUUGGGCGGCACUGAGCUGGUUGUCAGGAAACCAGAGCAUUGUUUUCUAGUAAGAGUUUUCAUUUUGAUAUUAAAAAUGCUUUUUUUUCUUAGUAAAAUUGAGAUAUGAGAUAUGAUUUUUUGUGGGAUUUUCCUUCAUUUUAACUAGUUUCUGGGCCUGUAAAACUCAGGCCUAAGUUCUUCAGGGCUUUAAUUUUGCUGUAGGCCUUCAUCAUGCCUAAAGUGACAGACAUAGAUCUGCUCUUGUGGCAGAACUUAGGAGUCAUAUGGAUGACGGACCGUGCGUGGUGGUAUCAGCCCGCAUUGACAUGACGGCUCGCUUGUGUAUGUGGCCCUGUGUAAAAACUGGUGCCAGUUUUCAUCACUGUCGUUAAACACUAGAUGGGUCACCUCAUUCAGCUACAUUGUGCAGAUGAGCAGUUAUAGCAGAGAGAGUUCUCUAGUUCUUCCAUUCACAUCCUUGUGUAAUGAGCGACUUGUUGACAUUUAGCCUGAUCUUGAUUCUUAGGUCUUGCUCAGUUCCCAGCACCUUGAUUACUCAUGUUAAGGAUGGCUAUGUACUGCUUCAUUUAUGGAAAAGAAAGAAAAGAAAGUUAAAGGUUCAGGGUCCUAGAAUUUUUCUGAUUGCCAUAAUUCUGAGUAGAAUGUCAAGAAGUAAUGAAAUGAAGCCUGAUCUGCAAUGAAAAGUAACUUCAUAUAAAAUUUUACAGACCUCUGUGCAUUAAUUUAAAUUCUUGGUACAAAUGUAUAUUUUUUAGUUCAAGCUUAUUAAAAUUCUUCAGCCAGUUAGGAUUGCACAGUACAUCAGUGAGAGUAACAACUAGCAGAAUAAUUUCAGUGGCUAAAGAAAAUUUUAUACAGGAUCUUGUUUUUUUCAAAAAAGAACAAGAAGUUUGAACAGCUGUUAUUCAAGAAAAGCCAUUUCUUCUGCAUCUGAGUCACCAAGAAUGAACACUUUAAAAACUUGUUAGAAAUCCCUGGAGGCUUUUGAAAUUAAUCGCCAACCUACCUAAGAACUUUAAAAUACACCAUCCUUUUGUUCCUCCGUUCCUCUUCCAUGGCUCCUUUUGAAUCAGUAUUCUCAACUGUCAACGUGUCUCUUACUUCAGCAGUGUUGUUUAUUUCUUUGCAUAAAUGUGUACUUGUCUAGACUUGGAGAUACUGUGCUGCUUCCCAAGAUAAAUUGCUCUGAUUCUGUAGAUCGCACUCUGUUCUUUAAGGCUCACAUUUACCUCAGGAAACUCACUUUAGCAUGUUUUUUUUUUUUCCAUUGAAUUCUCAAAUGGUAAUUAUUUCUUUAUACUGGUAAACUAGUACCUAAUUUACUGUUCACUAAGUGAGCCAUAGAUAAGGCAGCUAAAUUUCUGAAAGAAAGAGAAAAUGGGCAGCCCUUGGUUGCUGUGAAUCAGUAGUAAGGUCCUUAUUUCUCAAAGAACAAUGACAGAAUCUCAAGGGGAAGGAGGUAUUUCAGUCUCAUGUUAGAAAGUGUGGGGGGGCGUGUGUACAUUGCCUUUGACAAGGUGUCAGUGUCUGUCCCCUAAGCAAUUUCAGUGGGCCCUGGAAUGUCACUCCCUUCUCCACUACACUCUGUCUAGCUCACUCUGAGUCUAACUACAUUUUUGUGAAACUUUUGCAGAGAAAUUAAGCCGCAAAAUGCAGCUAACUUCCUUCCAUUGCAAGUUUUACAAAGGGAAGAGGGGUUCAUAUUUCUCAUGAUAGGUACCUAGCACAAUUGUAAGAGACAGUUACUAAUGUUUAUAUGUUGGUGUUUCCAUUAAGCAUUUCUAGAGGAGACAAAAGCUUAAACUUGUGGUGUGGAUGAGUUAGAUCGUGUCUGACAAGCAGUGCAAUAUGAAGCUGUGCAAUAAAGGCUGUGUUGUGAAAUGAAGCGCUGGAAAGCUGGACGGUUCGGGUUAGCUUCCUGCAGCAAUUGCCAGCAGGAUGGUGUGCCCUUGGCCCAGGAAUGCAGAGUCUCUAAAGAAACCCUUUGCUCUUAUGAGGUAAUUUAUGUAUUUGCUUUCUGUUGAAAUAAUGGAAAAUGUUAAAGCUAACAGCUGUCUAUGUCUUGUACAGAGAGUGUCAUAUGUAUUUAAGUUGUGUAUUUUUAUAAAGUAAAGCCAAAUGCCAAAUGGUC